GAGGGGCGCGGAGCGGCGCCAGCAUGAAGCCGCUGCAUGUGCCCUGUUGAAACUUCAUGGCCACAGCGCCAGGCCCUGCCGCCAUUGCCAUGGGCAGCGUGGGCAGCCUGUUGGAACGGCAGGACUUCUCCCCCGAAGAGCUACGGGCAGCACUCGCCGGGUCCCGGACCUCCCGCCAGCCUGAUGGGCUUCUCCGGAAGGGCUUGGGCCAGCGUGAGCUCUUCAGCUACCUGCACCUCCCCAAGAAGGACGGCAAGAACACCAAGAGAGCCCCUCGGAACGAGCCUACUGACUACACCACUCUCUACUACCGAGAACAUCCUCGGGCCGGCGACUUCAGCAAGACUUCGCUGCCCGAGCGGGGUCGCUUCGACAAGUGCCGCAUCCGCCCAUCGGUGUUCAAGCCCGUGGCAGGCGCCGGGAAGGGCUUCCUGUCCAUGCAGAGCCUCGCGGCCCACAAGGGCCAGAAGAUGUGGCGCAGCAAUGGCAGCCUGCACACGCUGGCCUGCCACCCCCCCCUGAGCCCAGGGCCCCGGGCCAGCCAGGCCCAGGCCCGUGCCCAGCUGCUACACGCCCUCAGCCUGGACGAGGGCGGCCCCGAGCCUGAGCCCAGCCUGUCUGACUCCUCCAGCGGGGGCAGCUUUGGCCACAGUCCUGGCACUGGCCCUGGCCCCUUCAGCUCCUCGUUGGGCCACAUUAACCACUUGGGGGGCUCCCUGGACCGGGCCUCACGGGUCCCCAAGGAGGCUGGGCCGCUGGCUAUGCUGAGCUGCCUGCCUGAGCCGCCACCGCCUUAUGAGUUCUCCUGCCCAACCCGGGAGGAGGUGGUAUCUGUCCUGCCGGACACCUGUGAGGAUCUCAAGAGGGGCCUUGGUGAUGAGGACGGCGCCAGCCCCUUCACACAGGUGCUGGAGGAGCGCCAGCGGCUGUGGCUGGCGGAGCUGAAGCGCCUGUACGUAGAGCGGCUACACGAGGUAGCUCAGAAGGCAGAGCGCAGUGAGCGCAACCUCCAGCUCCAGCUCUUCAUGGCCCAGCAGGAGCAGCGGCGGCUGCGCAAAGAGCUCCGGGCGCAGCAGGGCCUAGGCCCAGAGCCACGGCCCCCCAGCGCCCUUCCGGAGGCCGACCCUGGCGCCCGACCCGAGGAGGAGGCCCGAUGGGAGGUGUGCCAGAAGACCGCGGAGAUCAGCCUCCUGAAGCAGCAGCUGCGGGAGGCGCAGGCCGAGCUGGCGCAGAAGCUGGCGGAGAUCUUCAGCCUGAAGACGCAGCUGCGGGGCAGCCGGGCGCAGGCGCAGGCGCAGGACGCGGAGCUGGCCCAGCUGCGGGAGGCGGUGCGGAGCUUGCGGGAGCAGGGCCCGCGGGAGGAGGCCCCGGGCAGCUGUGAGACAGACGACUGCAAAAGCCGGGGGCUGCUGGCCGAGGCGGGCGGCAGCGAGGGCGGAGGGGCCGGAGGGGGCGCCGAGCAGCUGCGGGCCCAGCUGGUGCAGGAGCGGCUGCGCGCCCAGGAGCAGGCGCUGUGCUUCGAGCGGGAGCGGCGGACGUGGCAAGAGGAGAAGGAGCGGGUGCUACGCUACCAGCGGGAGAUCCAGGGAGGCUACCUGGACAUGUACCGCCGCAACCAGGCGUUGGAACAGGAGCUGCGGGCGCUGCGGGAGCCGCCGGCGCCCUGGAGUCCCCGGCUGGAGUCCUCCAAGAUCUGAGGCCAGUGGAUGAGCGGGCGGCAGAAGCACCUCCAGAAAAUGGUUUGGACAAGCCUGCCCUGAGACGGCUGGCUCCUUCAUUACACUGGCCGGAGGCAGAAGCUGCUGAGGCUGGCCAGGGGUGGGGAGGCCCACCGAGAGGAGGGCUCCAGUGGUGCUGUAGGCCGGAUAGGGGGCCUGCAGCAGGAGCCAGGGGGCAAGGCUUCCCAGCAGAGGAGCACCUCGGCAGGGCCCCCGCCCUGUUCCUGGAGUAGAUGUGG